AAGGGAAUCUUAUAGACAGUUGUUUGUUGCCUGAUGUUUGCGCACGUUUCUGCGAUUUUGUCUCACGCACUCUUAUUUUGAAGUCUCACUUUUCCUCGUAGGAGACGUGACGAAUACGGACAAUUGUUGAUAAUAUGGUUUACCGUCAGCUUUGCUAACUCAAACGUGUCGGUAUUCCGCAAAAUGAGCGCACAAAAAGCAAAGAACAUCAGCGCCGUUCCCAUAGAUGGCUUCAGCAAUAUACGGAUUACAUCUACGUGGACUUUCCUACAGUCUGUUGAUUGGUCAGAACCAUGGCUCAUUGGCCUGCUGGUGUUUCACUUCUUAUGUUUUGCCUUUACUAUUUUCACCUGCAAGUACUACAGACUACAGAUCUUCCAUUUUCUCUUAAUGGUAACCAUGGUGUAUAGUGCAGAGUAUCUGAAUGAAGUGGCAGCCAUGAACUGGAGGUCAUUUUCAAAGUUCCAGUACUUUGACUCCAAGGGAAUGUUCAUAUCGUUGGUGUAUUCAGUGCCAUUGUUGCUCAACACUGUCAUCAUAGUGGCUGUGUGGGUGAAGAGGACAUUCUCAACAAUGACGGAGCUGAAGACGCUACAGUUGAAGAGAAAAGCAGCCAGAGAAAACUCAAAGAAAACCCAGUAAAGGGAGAGUUGGGUGGUAAUACUAUAGACUGUACCAGAAAAGGGACCAUGCUUUUCUUGACCCAGGAUGGUGCAGGGGACCAGUAAUACUCUUCAUUUUAAGAAUAAGUAAAGAACCUCAGCACACUUCAGUAGACAAUGAUGACAUGAUGGCAAGUGGUUGCAGAAGAAAGUCAUAAGAACCAUCAACAGGGGCAAAGUAGAUAAAACUACUAUAUAGGUUUUAUGAAAAAGGAUAGCUCAUAUUGUAUCAACAACCAUAAUUAUCUGUUUUUUGUUCUGUUUCUGCUUCUGACACCGUUCUGUUGGUCUGUGUGCAUGGAAAAUGUAAAUUGUAUGUUUCUGUUAAUAAAUGCAUUGUGGUGUUUUAUGAAAAAGCCA